AUGUUCUCCCGACUAAAAGGCGUCCUCGAAUCCCACAUCGGCGAGAUCGACUCGCAGCUCCAACAAGAAUCCCGCACGCGCACGUCCCCCGCCCCGCGCCGGCCCCCCUCCACGACCCGCGGCCCGCGCGCCGCCUCCGUGUCUGCGCCCGCCGACUUCGAGAGCGACGGCGCGACGCCGCCGCGCGCGGGGACGCCCGUGGGCGAGGUUGUGGUCGAGGACCCGCUUGGUGGCGGGAGCGGCAGGGCGACGCCGAGGUUGGAGAGGAAUGGUACGGGGGGAGAAAGUCGGCCGGGGACGCCGAGUAAUAGCGGUGGUGGUGGUGGUGGUGGUGGUGGAGGAGCUACUAGUGGAGGUGGAGGUGGAGGUGGAGGUGGAGGUGGAGGAAGCACGGGGACAAUGGCAAACAGUGAUCUCCCGACAGACGUGCGUGUGAAGCUGCGGAAGCUGGAAAAGAUUGAAGCGAAGCACACCGAGCUCCUCCGCUCCUACAAGAUCGUGCACGCGCGCAACGCGCUCAUCGAGCCCUUCGAGAAGGCGCUGCGCGAAAACACACCCUUCGAGAGCAUCGCCGACGCCAAGGGUCUCAUCGACUGGAUCAGCAGCUUCAGCCUGCGCGCAGACCUAGCGCGCGAGGAGCUCAUCCGGGUGAGCAAGGAGCGGGAUGAGCAGAAGGCGCUCGUCACCAAGCUGCAGGACGAGGCCAAAGACGCACCUGCAGCCACAACCACGGCGAAGAUAGAGGAGAAGAAAGACACGGACGACAUCUUCAACUUUGACGACGAGCACGCGCGGCUGGCGGGGCGGCUUGAGGAGCAGGCGGAGGAGAUUGUGGGGUUGAAGGCGCAGCUGGAGGAGGUGGGGGGGGCGAAGAAGGGCGCGGAGGAGGCGCUGGAGGGGAUGCGGAGGGGGGUGGAGGAGGUGCAGCAGCAGCUCGAGGCUGCGAAGGAGUCGGCGGCGGUGAAGGAGAAGGAGAUGGAGGGGGUCAAGACGAAAUCGGAGGCGCUGGCUGUGGAGAUGGUGGAGCUGCGCAAGAGCGUUGAGGAAAAGACCAAAGCUGCUGAGGAACAGACAAAGGCCGCCGAGGAAAAGACCAAGGCCGCCGCCGAACAGACAAAGACCGCCGAGGGAAAACUCAAAGCCGCGAAGGCCGCCGAACAAUCCGCAGCCCAGAAACUCGCCUCCGCCGCCACCCAAGCCGCCUCCGUCGAAUCGCGCACGACCGAGCUCACCAGCAAGCUGCAGCAGCUCUCCACGCUCACCGCCACGCUCAACGCCAAGUCCGAGCAGCUGGCCGCGACCGAGAAGGCCGCGCAGGGCGGCAACGCGCGCGUCGAGCAGAUCCAGAAGGACCUCGCGCACAAGCAGACGUACAUCGAGGGCCUGGAGAGCAAGCUCAAGGAGCACAGCGAGAAGAUGCGCAACAUGAUGACGUACAGCAAGGACGUGCUCGAGCUGCGCGAGGCAAAGACGAUGCUGGAGCGCACGGUGGCGCAGCUGGAGGGCCGCCUGGAGGACGCGCUGCGGAGGCUGAAGGAGCAGGAGAAGGAGGGGGAGGCGCCGGCGACGCCGAGCACGCCGUCGACACCGACGACGCCGGCGGCAGCAGCACCGGGUGCGGGAGGAGCGGGGAAGAAGAAGAAUAAGAAGCGCAAGAACAAGGGGAAGGGCGCGGCCUCCGUCGAGGGCUCCGUGAAGGGCGAGGGCUCCGUGAAGGGCGAGGAAUCGGUCAAGGAGAGCGAGAUGGUCGAAGACGAGCCUGAGCCCGCCACGACGUCCGCGAGCACCUACACCGCCGGCUCCAUCAUCGAAACGCUUCAGAAGGAGGUCGCGGCGCUCGAGACGCGGGUUGAGGCGCUGCAGGCGCAAGCAGCGGACACCGCGGAGCUCGAGUCGCUGCGCGCGGAGGUGGCGGCGCUGUCGGAGGCGAAGGAGCAGCUUUCCGGGACGAAGGAGCAGCUGUCAGAGACGAAAGAGAAGCUGUCAGAGAAGGAGGCCGAGGUCGAGAAGCGCGAUGCGUACAUCGAGCAGCUCAAGAAGAAAUCCGUCGACACGGACGCCAUGCGCGAGGAGCUCGAGAGCCUGCGCGACGACCUGAUCAAUCUCGGCGUGGACCUGACGGACGCCAAAGACGAGCUCAAGGAGAAGACGCAGGAGCUGCAGGCCGUCAAGAAGCUCAAGGACGAGCUCGAGCCCAAGGUCGAGAGUCUCGAGGGCGAGCUGAAGGCGCUGAAAGAGGCCUCCGAAAGCACCUCCGCGGACCUCGAGGCCGCAUAUAAGAAACUCCAGUCCGAGCACGAGGCGCUGCAGACCGAGACCGGCGCCCUCAAGGCCACCGCCGCCACGCUCACCGCCGACCUCACCGCCGCGCAGCAGCUCUCCGACACGCGCGCCCAGGACCUCACCGACGCCCGCGCGGCGCUCGAGAAGGCGCAGGCCGAGCUCGUCCCGCUCCGCACCGAGGUCGCAACGCUCAGCGCGGCCAAGAACGAGGCCAACCAGAAGCUCGUCGAGCUGCGGCGCCUCGAGCGCUGCGAGCGCGACCUCAAGUCCGAGAUCGCAACGCUCACCAAGAAGCUCGCCGAGAAAGAGGCCGAGCUCGAGAAGCAGCGGCAGAAGGUGCGCGACGAGGCGGCCCGCCGCGUCACGGCCGAAGACGCCACCCGCGCGAUCCAGAAGUCCCUCCGCGCCUCUGAAGACGCAGCCCAGAAAGCACAGUCCGCGGCCGACAAGGCCGGCAAAGACCUCACCCGCGCGGGCGAGGACCUGGCUGCGGCCCGGACGAAGCUCGCGGCGCUCGAGAAGGACACGCAGGCGCUGCGCAACGAGCGCGCGGCGCUGACGGAGGAGCUGGAGGCGAAGAACGCGCAGUAUGCGGGCGCGCAGGAGAUGGUGGGCGCGAUGCGCAGCCAGACGGGCGAGCUGGCGCAGCAGAUGAAGGAGGCGGCGGAGAAGUGCGAGAGCAUUGAGGAGGACCUCCUGGAGUCGCAGCGGCUGCUGUCGGAGCGCACGCGCGAGGCCGAGACCAUGCGGCGGCUGCUGGGCGACGUGGAGGCGCGGCACGAGGCGCGCGCGCGCGAGAUGAAGGAGCGGCUUGAGGCGGCGCUGGAUGAGCGCGAUAGGGCGGAGGAGGAGGCGGCGACGGUGGGGCGCCGCAGGGCGAGGGAGAUGGAGGAGUUGCGGGACAGGGUGCGGGAUGCGGAGAAGGCGGGGAAGAGGGCGGAGGAGGCGCAGGAGAGCGCGGAGAGGGAGUUGGUCGGUGCCAGGGAGGGGAGGACGAAGGUGGAGGCGGAGCUGGAGAGGGUCAAUAGGGAGUAUGGCGAGACGAAGUGGGCGCUGGACAGCAUGAGGGACACCCUCGACAAGACGGACGGCCAGGUGCGCGAGAUUGAGCGCCAGAAGACGGAGGCGCGCAAGGAGCUGGAGGAGCUGCAGAGCAGGUACGAUAAGCUGCUGAAGACGCACAAGGCCCUGCAAGACGACCACCGCGCCACCCGCAGCAAGGGCAUCACGAGCCCGACGUCGCCGUCGCCCGCGCCACGGCCACAACUGCGCACAUCCGUGGACUCGUCGCGGUCGUCGCUGUCGGGCGAGCAGACGGUCAACACGGACUAUCUGAAGAACGUGUUCCUGCAGCUGCUGGAGCAGAAGGAGAAGCGCACGCAGAUGCAGCUGGUGCCCGUGCUGGGCAUGCUGCUGAAGUUUGAUAAGCGGGAUGAGCAGAAGUGGACGGCGGCCGUGGCGGCGCUGAGGAAUUCGUAG